CUAGUACCCACGCGCUUGUAGUUCAUGAUUCCUAACGCCAUUCAUUCCUUUGCGUCCGGCUGCGAUGCUACGAGCUGCCAUUCACCGCCAGACACUCCACAUUCCACCAGAUCCCCGCUCGCUGGAGCACACUCCCAUACACGUCCAUAUUCCGCAAACUUUUUCCGCGAGGCCACGAAGGAGAAUCUUCUGUCAAACACGCGAUGACAGCACGAAGCACAGAAGCAGCACAAUCAACUUCCCUCACAGCCAUUUAAAUUCUCUGAGUAAAAGCCAUGAUCCAACCCCCAGCGAGGAGGCACUGUUCGCGCGGAUAUCAGUGACACCGCCUGCGCCGGUCGCAACUCCGUCCCUCUCGGGCAUCCAUCUCAUCGUCCCCAGCAUCGUCGCCGCCACCAUAGCUGGCGGUGUCACCUUCUCCCUCCUCUCCCUGCACGCCAGCCUUCUCCGUGCUCUCUCCGCUCUCCUCGCCGUCGCCUUUUAUCCCAUCUCCACUCUGCUCACUCUGCUUCCACCAUCACCAUCACCAUCAGCGUCGGCAUCGUCGUCCGACGAGUCGUCGCCAUCAGCCCCUUCCAGCGCCCCAUCCGCCGUUCGCACUCCCCAGAAUGGGUCCCUCGUCGCGUACACCAAGCAGGCGGCACCAGCGGCGCUGGCGACGAUGGCGGUGACGUUCCCCAACGCCAUGCAGGAAGACACCUUCAUCCACGCUCUCGCCCAGGAGCUCGCCAACCUGGGCUUUAAGAGGCACAACUGCAUUGCGCUAGUGAACACGUGUCGGGACGAGGUGUGCCGGCCGAUAGUGAAGCUGAUUGACCGCGAGUUCGGGCUGUCGUUCAACAUUGGCGGGCUGGGCGGGCUCGUCAACUGCGGCACCACGGGCUUCAAGGCCGCCAUGUCACACUCGCCUGAGUUCCCCUGCGAGAUCAACGGUGGCCCACCGUGCGAGAGAUACAUCUUCUUUGGCUUUCCGCACGUGUCGGUGGGGGAGUCGGGCCAGGUAGGGUCGCUGCUGAGGCGAGGCCGGGGCAAGCCGUCCAGUGCGUGUGGGGCGCUGAUAGCCAUCAAGAACGACAUCUCAAGGGGAGGGCCGGUGCAGGACGAUGCGGACGACCUGGAGUACGUGCUGCUCAAGAGGAAAAUCGCUGCUCGGGUGCACUCCUCUGCUGCGGAUGGUCCGUCGCUGGUGCGAGUGACCAAGGCAGCGCUGGAGGCAAUCACAGAGGACAUAGAGAGGCUAGUGGGGCGCACAGUGGACCCCAAGACAGCAGACUAUGCUGUCAUCACUGGCGUGCAGAUACACUCCGGCUUUCAGGUGCAGAGAGCCAUUUCAAUUGGAGCGCACAUGUGAUUACAUUGCACCGAGUGCCAUGUAUGCAGUGGUUCGUGGGAAG